GGGUCUUGCCCAGUUGAAUUCUCAUUGGUCAACACCGCCUCGUGGCCCUUUGACCUGCGCAAACUGCUGCAGGACAAAGCAACUUCAUUCUCCAAGGCCUCCAACGAUACAAACUCUCACACGUUUCGAACAUCAGGCACCAACUGUCGCCUCAUUCCAUUCAAAAGGACCUGCAGCUUCAAUUCUCCGAGAGCCAGCACAUUGGACAUUUGGGUCAGUCCUGCAGCCUGACCCCGAGCUCAUUGCAGGCGAACGAGCUUGACGACCCCAUUACCUUUCCGCCAUCACCACACAGCUCAUCUAGAGAGCAUCCGACAAUAUGAAGCCAGUUGUAUCCGCUCUCAAUGCGUGGACAUGCACUGUUAUAUCAUGCUUCGCCAUCGUCAUCCUAUCGGUCAUAGGCAGCCUCUUUGCGAGAGAUCACCACAUGAUGAUGGGACUGGAAGAAGAUCCUGAGGAUCAUACUGCAGUCGCCACAGCUGUCUUUAUCAGUGUAGCUGUCUAUGCAGGUUUCCUGGUAUUCUGCGGUUUCCAAGCGUGGCUGCAUGUACGAGCGAGUCGAAGAGGGGCAAUAUCCCUACAAUGAUAGAUGAUGCAUCAAGAGCGAUUACAAUAUUUUGAGUCAUAGUGUUGGCGUUUGGGAAGAAUCAGGCUUGCUCAAUGGAGUCCGUUAUGAGAACAUCGAAGCACGACAUGCACCA